CGUUGCGCCCCUGCUUUCAGCUAAGAGAUUGAUAAAUUUCACCAAAACAAACCAGAGAGCAUGGACGAUAAGAAUAAGUAGCCGUUAAAGAUCCAUCGUUCUUCUCUUUUCUUCGACACCAUUCAUCGAUUGUGAUUUAACCAACAUCAUGAGCCCUGGACUUGGACACGACCCUCUUCCUUCCUACAAUAUCACCGCAUUAGGUAAUACGGCAUUGUGUCUGUGGCAGCAACCGCAGCAUGUAUUGUUUCAAAUGGCGAAUUUCUGCUUCGCGUUGUCGUAUUCAGCACCUUCUUCGAAGAAAGGGAUAUUGUUCAUGCAUUCUGUCCUAAUAAUAGGAUUCAUAUUGUUGUCAGGCUGGGCAUGGCACGUGAUCUGUGCACCGGAUAUAUUCUCUUGGAACUUCAGCUUCCUGGUGUUGAACAUCGGUCAACUGGUUUAUAUCGUUUAUCAAAUGAGACCUGUUCGAUUCGACCCUGAAUUAGAGGAAGCGUAUCACACUCUUUUCUAUCCAUUCAAAGUGUCCCGACUGCAGUUUAAGAGGCUGGUGUCUCCAGAAUUCGCUUCGAUAAUGUCGUUGCAUGCAGGCGAGGCAUACGCAAUGCAAAAUCUAACUCGAACCGAUAGAUUGGGAUUACUGCUUAGCGGCAAGGUGAACGUUCUCAGUGAUUCGAAUUUCCUGCAUCCUAUUCUGCCUUGCGAGUUCCUAGAUUCUCCGGAAUUCGAAAGCUCUCGGGCAUCCGUGGACGACAAAUUCAAGGUGUCAAUCGUCGCCGCAAGCUCCUGCAGGUACUUAUACUGGCAAAGAUCCGCGCUGGAGUAUCUCCUCGUGAAGGAAGCUUAUCUAGCGACAGUUUUAACAACGUUGGUUGCCAGAGAUAUUGCCACCAAAUUAUACGCUAUGAACAACAAGAUUGUUACAGAUAAAGGGUCGCAUUUGGAUAUAAGAUUGCCAACUAUCAGCGCAGGGUUAACGAUAAGUAGCGAAUACAGGAGUCCAAGGGCAUCCAGACAAGCACUGAUUCGCAGGAAGGAAUCGUCGAUGUCUUCCGAUAAUGGUGUUUCUAAUCUAAAAGAUCGUCAGGUAAACAAUCUCUCGAAGAAAGGAGUACCGAACAUGGAACCUCUUCCAGAAAUGCCUUCGUACGACGACUUGGCGUCCAGCGGUGUGGAAAGUUGGUUAGAUUCGUCGAGCAAGUAUCACAGUUGCGAGAUCGUGGACGAAGAAUAACAGGAGGCCUCCUUAACGCCAGACACAUUUUACGAGGGAGAUAGUGAAUAGUGUCGCGUUAGGGAAUUGCAUAGUAAAUGAUACGAAGACUGCAGUGUUUUAACCGAAC